UCCGAUCCUCAAGAUAAUUCAUCCUCAUCAUCAAAGACAGCGUCUCGCGAGGCCCUGCCAGCCCCGGGCUCUCACAGCGGCGAAGACGUAACAACCCUCGACGUCAGCGGCUCAGGCACAACCGUCAAGCUGGACGCCCUCGGCCCGCUCGUCGUCAACGUGGACGGCACCAUGUCCCGCAUCUCAAAUUGGGAUAAGAUGGCAGAGAUUGAAAGGCAAAACACGCUUCGCAUCAUUGGUAAGCGAAACCAGCAACGCCUGGCUGCCCUGAGA